UAUAAAUACUUGCCGGAUGGCCGGUAAAAGGCACAACAGCUCAUCCAGCCGAAGCAAGAUGUUCCUCCAAACGAGCCUUCUCUCAUUGCUGGCGUUCGCCGCAGCCAACCCUCUCGCUAAACUGCCCGCCUUGAACCCUCUGACCCCGACCGGGCAGAUAGUGGGCGGCGAGGACGCAAAGAUCGAGGAAGUGCCGCACCAGGUCUCGUUGCAGAGUUCCGGUUUCGGGUUCUGCGGUGGCAGCAUCAUCUCCGAGGAAUGGGUGGUCACGGCCGGCCACUGCAUGAUCUACCCCGCCGAUUGGAUCACGGUGCGAGCCGGGACCACGGUUAAGUCGUCGGGCGGCAGCGAACACCAGGUCGCCGAGAUAAUCCUCCACGAGAACUACGAGACCAACUGGUACGGUGUUCCGUUGAACGACGUGGCUGUGCUCCGAGUAAGCACGCCGUUCAAGCUGGACAAGACCAGGCAGCCGAUCAAGAUCUUCAAGCAGGACGAGGAGGCUAAGGUCGGAGUCGCCGCGGUCGUCACUGGAUGGGGUGCUGUCAAAGAGGGUGGUAGCACCACCGAAGUCCUUCAGAAGGUCGAGGUCCCGAUCGUCUCGAAGAAGGCCUGCGACGAAGCCUACCAGUCCUAUGGCGGUCUGCCCGCCGGUCAGAUCUGCGCGGCGGUGCCACAGGGUGGAAAGGACGCCUGCCAAGGUGACUCCGGCGGUCCUCUCACCAUCAACGGCCGCCUGGCCGGUCUGGUCUCCUGGGGAUACGGCUGUGCUCGGCCGAAUUACCCCGGCGUUCACACGGAAGUGGCCGCCUUCAGCAAAUGGAUCGCCUCCAAGACCGGAAUCAAAGGUAAAUGCGACAAUGGUUUAUCGAGAAUACGGAAGCACCUCGCCAGCUCGGUAACUGAUGAAUUACGAGUUCAUUUCGAAGUCAAGCUCGGGGACAUUUUGACGUUUUCCGAAGACUUUGCAAAAUGUACUGCACAAGGUUAUUUGCAUAAACGUAAUACUGCGAUAGCGACCGGAAUAUCAUUAGACAGGUUAAAAUUGUCCGAUAUGCAAGUACAUUCGAAAGGAACGGUACCAAGAUCGAUCAUGCGUUGUCUCGCCAAAAUGAUUCUGCUGCUUCUCGGAUCAUCGGCCCACGGAUUCCAGUAUUCCUCCCCGGACCGAAUCGUCGGAGGAUCAGAGAUCGACAUCUCGAAAGUCCCGUACAUGUUGUCUGUCAUGCUGCACGGCAACCAUAUUUGCGGUGCCACCAUCAUCGGGGAGGAAUGGGGAUUAACGGCGGCCCAUUGCUUGGUUGCCUUCAUGGACGAGCCCGACCUCAACUUCACCGUGCGCAGCGGAUCGAGCCAACACGACUUCGGUGGGACCGUCCACAACGUCACGUACAGGGUCUACCACGAGAAAUAUAAUCCCGACGACAACGACUACGACAUCGCUUUGCUCAAGGUUGCCCCGCCGUUCAGCUACAGCAACGUUACAGCCCCGGCGAUGCUGCCUUCCGACGUGACCAGAUCCAUCAACGCGGAUCGGGGCCUAGUCUCCGGUUGGGGUUACUUCGAAGAUUUGCAGGACGACGAUCCGGUACUGUCGGAGGACCUACAGUAUGUAAUCGUUCCGAGAGUUCCUAGGAAGACAUGCCGUGAGUUUUACAGCCAUCGGUUCGUGGUCACGGACCACCAAAUAUGCUACGGGUUCGAGCAAGGAGGCAAGGAUGCGUGCAAGGGUGACUCCGGCGGGCCGUUGGUAUAUGGCGCUACUGUGAUCGGUGUCACUUCGUGGGGCUACGACUGCGGACAACCGCAUUCGCCCGGCGUUUACACCGACGUCUGGAGCGUCAUGGAUUGGAUUAAGAAUAAAACUAUGCUCUAAGUGAUUCGAACGUUCUCAACCUUUCUAUUCUAUUUGCUCCGUAAAAAUAAAAUUUAACCUUGCAAUAUC